AUGGCAAUGUUACCCGAAGAAAGAACAACUUUGUGUCGCCCCUUUACAAAUACAGAUGUUGAUUGUGCUGGCCCAUUUGAAAUCAAAAGCUUCACAGGUCGUUAUUGCCGUAUCACUAAGGGCUACGUCUGUUUAUUUGUUUGUUUCUCAACUAAAGCGAUACAUAUUGAGGCUGUUAGCGAUUUGUCUACUCCUGCGUUUCUCGCCGCAUUGGCCCGAUUUAUUGCCCAACGUGGUUGUCCAAGUAGCAUUUUCUCUGAUAAUGGUAGAAAUUUUAUUGGCGCUGCUAGAGAAAUUAAAGCUAAUUUUGAAAAGCAUGUAAAGGAAUUACGUGACACGGCGGUAGAGAAAUAUUGUCAUAAGCACUUAGAGUGGCACUUUAUUCCUGCAGCAGCACCUCAUAUGGGAGGACUGUGGGAGGCAGGAGUCAAAAGUCUUAAAAUCCAUUUUAAAAAGACGGCUGGACAAAUGAAAUACACCUUUGAAGAGUUUUCAACACUUUUGGCAAAGAUAGAAGCGUGUCUCAAUUCGCGUCCUCUUGGCCCAUUGUCAGAUAGCAUCGAUGAUUUGUCCUCUCUCACGCCAGGUCAUUUUUUAAUAGGCUCUGCUAUUCUUACCCCUGCUGAACCGGAAGAACUUAGCGCGCCAAUGAGUAUGAUAAACCGUUGGCGCAAAAUCAAGGCAUUGCAGCAAGAACUCUGUCACCGUUGGAAAGAGGAGUACUUAAAAGAGCUACAGAAACGGAACAAAUGGAAACAUCCCCAAACAAACUUGAAAGAAAAUGACUUGGUGGCCCUAAAAAGUGAACCUUGUUGUCCUACUGAAUGGCGCUUAGGUCGUAUAGUUAAAGUUUAUCCUGGUUCUGACGGUAAUGUUCGAGUGGCUGACCUCAAAACUCAAAAUGGUGUAAUCACUCGUCCGAUUCACAAAUAA